UGUGCGUGCUCGUGUGGGCUUUGCGUUGCGUUGCGUUGCCAUCCGCGUGCGUCCCUAUCCAACCCGCCCCGUCUCGUAUUGCCUCGCCCUCGCCUUCUCCCCCAGCCACACCGUCGUCUUCCUCACCAUCCCCCCUUUCCGCAACAAGGAAGGAACGAACAAGACCCAGAUAAGAUUUCCCUAGCUUCUUCCUCCCUUCCUCCUCCUCACGGAACCCACCGCCGGACUUGGCCCCAACGCCAGCCUAAUUACGAGCAAGGGUUUUCUCGGUUCCUUCUUCCUCGAACUGUUUCUCGAUUUGAUUUGGUCACCGCCCCUUCGGGACACGAAUUUCGCUUUCGCGAUCCGGCGCACCCGAUUCGCGAUCAGGCAGGGGAUUAGAUUCCCGCCGCGCGCCGCGUUAAUUCGAUAACAAACAAAUCCACCCUAGGGAGCAUCGGCUUCUCUUCCUCCUUGUUCGUUCUCCUCCAUCGGGGCAGCGACGAUCAGGGCAGUCCCGAUCCCGGCCUCUGCCGCGGCGGCGAUGGCGGACGGGCUGGACCGGUGGCGCGACUUCUUCCGGGGCGCGGGCGCCCCAAUCUGCGAAGUCGUCGAGAAGGCCAUCCUCGUCGCCGCCGCCGACGAGCCGCGCGAGUUCCUGCGCCGCCGCGACCGCAUCGCCGAGCGCCUCUUCAACGCGCUCCACGCCCCGCCCCCUGCCGCCGCCUCAUGCCACGGCAGCACCACCGUCUCGCAGCCGCCCGCCACGCCCGCAGCCGUCGCCGAGGACAAGGGCAGCGUGCGCCGCGUGCCCGAGACCACUCUCGACAGCAAGGUCCACAGCAGCAGCCCCAACCUCGCCGCGCCACUCCCGCUCGCCCAGGACGCGGGCUCGGACUCCGACUCCGACUCUGAGGACGACGAGCGACUCCGCCGCGCCGCCGCCAGCAACUACGGCCACACCUACGAUGAUGACAACGAGGAGGAAGACGACUUGGAAGACCUGGACGCCGCGGCGGCGGAGGAGGAGGACCGCCACACUCAGCAGCACGAAGACGAGGACCAGGAGGCCGAGGAGCUGGAGGCGCUCACCAACGAGAUCGACCGCGAGUCGCAGGUCGUCGGGGAGGUGCUCCGCAUCAAGGACCUCCUCGACCACAAGCAGGACUACUCGGAUGCCACUCUCUUCGACUCGCUCAGGAGGCUGCAGCUCAUGCAAUUGUCCGUCUCCGCGCUCAAGGCUACUGAGAUCGGGAGGGCUGUCAAUGGGCUACGGAAGCACAGCUCGCAGCGCAUCCGCCACCUCGUGCAGACUCUCAUCCAAGGAUGGAAAGUGUUGGUUGAUGAGUGGGUCAGCACUACUAAUGUAGCGCUUGCAGACAACUCCCCAGGCACUUCAAACCCUUCUGUUGUAGAUGAUGAUGAAGAAGAAGAAGGCCUUCCUUCUCCGCCUUUGGAUGAAGGAGCAUUCUUUGCACCUGAGGCUACCGCCAUUCAACUCUCUGAGUUCUUUGACGAAAUGGAUGAAGACGGAAACUUGAGACAUAACAAUGAUGUGCGCCCUGGAAACAAGAGGGAAAACAAUGGCAGGAGGCCCUCAGACCAUUCAGCUGUGACAAAACCAGAACUUACUCGUCCUGCCGGAACUGUUGAAAGGGAUCAGUUCAGGAGGCCAGAAUUGACAAGGCAAGAGCCAUCGGUGAGGCAGACAAACCAGCAAAAACCUCAAAGUUCAAGUUUGCAAGCCAGGCCCCAUGGCAUGGCUAACAGGCAAUCCAGGCCCCCGAGUUCUGAUUCUGGAUCUAUGAGACCAAAGGCGGCUCCUCACCAGAAGCCCGUCGGUGAUAUGAAGUACAAAGAGACUCUAGAUCACUUCGGCGUCGAUAGAAAACCUGCAAUGGGUCAUGUGGAUAAAUCAAGGCUCCAUGCACAGACUUCAGCAGGGGCCAGGCGAGAGUCGGCAAAGCCGAAGAUCAAUGAUGGUUUGGAAGGCAACGUAAGGCUGGAAGCAGCAAAACGCAAGCUCCAGGAACGGUACCAGGAACUUGAGAAAGCAAAGAAGCAGCGCACGAUACAAGUAAUGGAGCUGGGUGACAUACCAAAGCCUAAAAAUCACAACAGACAGCCUGUGGCGAAGUCGAGGAAUAACAUUAGAAGUAGGGUACUUGGUCGGCGCUGAUUCUUCUGUGAUUUUUUUUCCUUCAUCUGAUGAAUUUGUUGCCAUGUCUUCCUGGUCCAAAGGACAGCAGCUGAACACUUAGUUGCCAGGACCAGAACCGUAUUUUUGAACAUAAACACCUCUGAUGGAGAGCUUUCCUCGAAGUUGCAAGAGCAGCGCUGGAUGCGAUAAGUUAAAAGUGUUCAGCGAGAUUAGUUGCUGUCUGCAUAAAUAUUGCUCUUGCACUCGGAGCUCGGAGAGUUUAGUCAGUCAUGUCUUGAUAACCUGAGAGUGGACAUGUAGUUCAUCCUGUAUCGGCUGUUUAUCUUUCUUCCUGUUUAAAGGAAGCUGUAGAUACACCAGAUAGAAUAAUCAUCCUUGUUCGGUACAUUC